AUGGCUGACUCCAAUGAAACAAAACCAGCUGAUCUAAAGUGCAGCCACGCUCUUGAACUAACCUUUUGGAUUCUCUAUGGAUGUGUCGGUGUUGUGACAUUCACAGGGAACUGCUUCACCUUUCUUGUUUUUGUUACAUCAAAGAGGCUGCGACAAAGCUACAUGAACGUAUUUUUACUCAACCUUGCAGUCGCUGAUGUAAUGAUGUCCACAUUUGUUGUUCCAUAUAACGUGCUCUGCAAUAGUUGCUCGGAAAGCGCACCACAAUUUUGCUGGCUUAUGGCUGGUCUUAAGGACAUUGCUUUGGGUGGAACGGUAUUUAAUUUAGCCGCAAUAUCGCUGGACAGAUUUCUGGCGGUAAUAAGACCUUUACAUUACCACAACGACAUGACUAAUACUCGAGUGAUCUGCAUUUUACUAGGCGUCUGGUCUUUCAAUUUUAUCCUAGCUGCCAUACGGAAUACCUGGUUACAUACAACUUCACCAGACGAAGCACUAAGAAGGGACAAGAUUUACAACAGCAUUUUAAUUUUCGCCUUUGCCCUUUUACCACUCCUCGUUAUGAUAGUAAUGAAUGCAAAAAUAAUCCAAGCUAUUCGGAGGCAAAAUAGACUGGUUCACCAAGAAAGAAUCAGAGGAAACACUGGAGAAGGAAAUCAAGGUUCUCGACCUGCAAGAGAAAGAAGCAGGGCUCGAAGAGGAACUAUGGCCUGUGUAUUUGUUGUCUUCAUCUUUUUUGUUAGCUGGCUACCACUAGGUUUUGUUAAUUUUAGUUUUGUAUUUGGCCGGCGUGAUCUAGUAAGUGAUAGUUUGGUUAAAGUAGCUUGGCUGCUACUUUUGCUUCAGUCGUCGGCAAAUCCUUUUAUUUAUUCUUUUUUUCGUUUUGAGUUUCGACAAGCCGCACACAAAUUAAUUUUCUGUCGAUUUAGAAGAGUCGAUAUUGAACCGACAAGCCGUUUUUCGGGCACCAACACCAAUUAAAUACAGGAAACGGUGUUUCUCUGGAACUAAGAAAUAUCGGUUAAUUAACUUUAAAAUAAAAGGAGUUUAUUUUGUUGUUUUUUCCUCUCGCUCUCCGACAGAUUAUGUACAUGUUAGAAAGGUAAAAUACAUAUGGUUUCCUGAAAUGACAACACACUUGACAUUGAACCAAGAGCGUUUUUCGGCCACUUAAACACUUAAAAAAACGAAAUUAAAACAAAAACAAAAGACGGCUUUUCUUCAAAAUAUUGGUUAGUAAAUAAACUGUAAAAUUAAGGCCGACUUAUUACUGCAAUCUCUUUUUUUUGUCUUGGUUAGACUUUGAGGAGGCAUAAAAGGUGAUUCGCGCUCGUCUUGCGCUUAGCGCGAAAUGCCGCGUUUGCCUCGCUUGCCUCAUGAAGCACCUGUUAUGCAGGCUAGGUUAAAUUAAAAGGUACAAUGUUCAUGUAUAUUAUACCCUGAAGUGACACAUCAGUCGAUAUUGAGCCGACAAGUCGUUUUCGGCUUCUUUUUGCAGCAAACGGAGUUAAAAGAUUAGUACACUGUAUACACGGUUGUUUUCCUUCCUCUUGAACAAAAUUAUAAACUUUAAGAUAAACACAUAUUGCAUAUUUCCUGAAAUAUUUACAGGUUAAAAAAAAUGUUGGUUUAUAUGAACACACACAACACAAACAUGAUUGUUCUUAAUCGGAUACAGGUGUAGCUAAUAAAGUUGUUACAAUACAGAAUGUGGUCUGCAUGCCUCGACCGCCAACCAGUUUAUGGAUAAGCAAUGACGCAAAACCGUUAGGUGCUAGAUAAGUAUGACGCAAGAUUAUUAGAUAUAGCUCGCGCCGGGUAGUUUUUUAUCGUUACUUUUUUUUGAAACAUUAGGUUUUCUUUUCAUAUAACCUUUUUGGCAAAGCCGAAAUUAAAAGUUAGAAAAGGUUGAGACUCUCUUUUCCUUAUACCUGUCUACGUGAUAUUUUUCACUUAAAAGACUCGAUCCUAAACAACUAAUCUUAAUUGCUCUUCAAGAAAUAUCUUCAGAAUCAGAUUUACGACAACCAGAAGCAAAGACUUCCUUGAAAAACAACUUGGGCUCCUUUUUUCCUGAUUAUAAAUGAAACUGCAAAUAUAAAUUUGUCACGUAUACAAAUUAAAGUAAACAAAGGCUUAACACUCGAAUAGGCGAAUUAUUGGUAUUGUUAAAUACAGUUUGCUUCGAGUUCUUCGAUUUGCUAUAAGCGGUGUUUGUGGCUUAGAAGUCACUUUUACGUUGCAUGGUCACCAUUUACUUAUUAAACAAGGCAGAUCCAAAAACGCACCUGUUUUUCCCGAUGAUGAUUUCUGCCAAAAAUUUAGAUCGUUCGUUUUCGAGUGGUUGUUUUCGAUAGCAAAACGUCUUGGCUAGCAGUCAUAUUUCUGUAGACAAUUAACUACCUGAAAAUAACACCACAAUUGCUUCUUAAUACUAUUCCGGCUAGAAUAUGCUUGAAGGGCCCUGGAAUUAUCCAAUACUGCGCAAUAAGAUGAACCUAUUUGUUCAAAUUAGGUUCGUUAUUUUAACACUUGUGUUUUCAAAAGAGAAGUUUAUAAAGAACUAAAUUUCCUAGCAUCUAUUGUUUUCCUUUUUAGUCUAGUCCACACCAGUCUCUUUCGCAGUCGUUUUUGUGACUACUGCGCAUGCACCAAUUGUCACUCAGUUGCCAUCGAGUUAGUUUUCCGAAAGUAGGUAAGUAACUACCGAUAGAAUAUACUUCGGAGCAAAUCAGCAUACUUAGUUUUCCGAAAGUAAGUACUGAGUAACAAUAGAGUAUACUUCCUCCCCGGGGCAAAAUCAGUGUGCAAAGCAGUUUUCGGAAUCUUUCGUCGAUGGUCCUCUAUGACAAGCGAAAUGCUCGGCUGCCUCGUGGUCUGCUUUGAUAGCUAGUGUAACCGAAUGAAAAGGCAAUGAAAUACAUCAUUUCUCAAGAAGCGUAUUCAUUUCACUUCUCAUCUUCAAAAUAAACCCAGAAACCACGAUAUUUGUAUAACAGAUUUCUCCACUCCAAAUCAACUCCUGUGAAAACAUCAGCAUCGUUACUUUGUGUAAUGAAAUUCUGAAAGAGACUUUCGGUCACGUGCUAGGCAACGAAGUGCAAUGACACUCAAUUCGCAACACACGCAGUAAGGAAACAAUAUUUUUCGAGUUUUUGUUCUUUAAAAAUUCUAUCUAAAUGAUGUUUCUGUCAUUACAGUUAAUCGACUUCAAAGGGCUGUCAAGGUAUAAAUUUCUGAGGUCUUACGAAAAUCUUCUUACGGCUUCAAAGGAGACUAGACCAUUUGCAGCGUAGUCAGAUGUAUCAGUUAUAUGGUCCUUUGAUAGUGAUAAACCACACACAACCCACAUUCCCUUGAUUCGUUCAGACGAGGGGCUACCCAGUAAAUUAUCAAUCAACAACUUUUGCUGACACAACCUCUCAGUCUAGUGCUGUUCAAUCGAUUUCUCGGGACGUAACAACUAAAAGAACUAUCAAGAGAAUCUAUAAGAACAAAAGAAACAGAAUUGACAGCCAAUUUUAUGAUUAUAUUUUCGCGGUUUUACGACCGCUCCAGAGACAAACAAUCUAAAUCGGGUAUUAUUUUUCCAUAUUGCACUGUUUUUUUUUUUUUUUUUAAUAAGACCUAAGUAUUUGCUAAGUUUUAGCAAAAAACCCUAUAAAUCUAUUAGAAGAAAACUUAGAUAGUAUUGUUAGCUAGCUUUUUUCCCAAGAUAGCUAAGGUUAGGCCUAUGCCAAACGUAGAACCUUUUAUGAGACGAAUCAAACUUAGUGAGUUAAGUUCAUGAAAAUUUCGACGUCUAUCACAGUUAAGUUCGUCUGAAUGAGUUUGGAUCGUCCAAAACGUUCUAUCCGUCUGCUUCAGACGGACGGAACGUCUGAAGAUCGUCGCUGGGACAAACGUCGACUUUCACAUGCGACAAACUAAAUUAAUACAUUAUUAAGAAUUUUUAUUAUUCAUUCAAAAUGUUUCCCCAAUUCUGGUUGGCUAAAAGCACACGCAUAAUUCGCCAUAACCAGCUACUAAUGACCAAAUUUGGAAGAAUUUUUUGUUUAAUAAACCGAUGACGUCAAAAGUGCAGCUUUCUUGCUUGUUAAUGCACCAUUAACAGAGAAGACCUGGGGACGAGGAUGAGUUGUUUUGGUUGUGAAAACAAAAAUGGUGGACUAGUUUAAGAGUAAAAAGUAGGCGAAAUAACAGCUAAAAACAUGGCAAGAACAGCAAGAAGACAACUCGAAGGGCGACAUUUGUUAUUUGGAGAAUAUUUGCGGAGCUGAACAUCCCUAAACGUGCACUAUCGAAGAUGAACUUAACAUCGAUGGAUCGAUGGAGGUAAGCAUGUUUUAGCCAUGUUUUUAAACUAGGAAUUAUUUUGAAUGAAUAAUAAAACAAUUAUUGAAUUCGGCUUUCGUAUCAUGUGAAGAAUUAUGGAGAUCUCGGAUAAUUCUUCAUAAGAUACUCAGCCUCAUUCAUUAAUUGUUAAGUAUGAUAAUAGCCUCGUUCGGGAGAAAAUUAAUCAAAAUUCACCUUUUGGUCUGACGUUCGACGUCUGACUCAACAGACGAUCUUACUUUAGGUCGACCCAAAUGAGAGUUUGGUUCGUGUCAUGAAAAGUUCGGCGUUUGGCCUAGGCCUUAGCUACAGGCAGCUAGGGUUAGUGCGGGGAUAAUGAUGUCUUGGUCGAGUCUGGCGGGUUUAAAGAGGUUUGCGCAGGCCUAGGAUUUAUUCUCAGUAAUUAUUUUAUAGUCCAUACAUGUGUUACAUUCCUUCAUUUUUAUCUGCAACUGUACAGUUAGGGCAAACGGUUUCAUAAAACUACCAUAGAUUUAUCACGUACCAAACUUACUUGUUUGCAGGACAGGUGUCUCUCACAUUUCCUCUUCAUUAUUCAUGCGUAAGAAAAAACAUAAUUAACAGAAAAUUGAUCAGUUCUAUUCGCUCCGCUGUUUGGUCACAGAACUUAUUGACGGUGUAGUGUGAACAAUUUCCUUCUCGACGGUAGCAUCGAAACAAGUAUAUAUGGGCUUCCUAAGCUUCUAUCUGCCCUAGUUGAUUAAAAAUAUCCUGAAUUAGACAUAUAACUGAACUCAGUCUCCUUCAUUAAUCCUUGACAAUACUAUUUUGAACUUAAGGGGAAUAUGUAUGUGCAUCAGUGCGUUAUUAGAUUAUUUAUUCAGCUUAUUUAAUAUCUUUCCGCGCCAAGAUGUCAUUUUUAAUGAGGUAGCCUUUUUCUUUCAAAAAAACGGCCUCGAUCGUUAUUGCUUUCAAACUUAGAAAACUCUUACGAUACUUCAGGGGGACACAUUGCCGGGGAUAGAUCUCGACGGCGUCUUUCUUUCGUUUCGUUUUUCUUUGAUAAAAUCCUCAAAUCUACCUCUACUAGUUCCAAGGAUAGAGAGGCUAGGGAGGAAUGGACAUAAACCCGACGUUUCUAAUCAACGCCACUACCUUGAGAAAUUUCCCUACAAGGGCAUAUACACCUGUACGAUGUCAAAAAGAUUUAGAAAGGACCUUUUGGAUUUUAUUUGGCGCCCAAGGAGUGAUCAUUCUUUUCGGGAACAUAAUCACGGUCAUUGUAUUCCUUUCAAACAAGAAACUGAGGAGGAACUAUAUGAACAUCUUUCUUGUCAGCCUGGGUUUUGCAGAUAUCCUGAUGGCACUGCUUGUCAUUCCAGGUCACGCUAUAUUCUGUACGGGAUGUCAAUACACUAUAACAAAGCAUUGUUGGUUUAUUGGUGGUACAAGAUUUGUGGUUUUCCCAGCAACAAAAUUCAAUCUUCUCGCCAUAACUUAUGAUCGCUACUUAGCCGUGUUAAGGCCACUACAGUAUCAGGUUAAAAUGACAGGAAAACGCGUCAUCUCAAUUCUUCUUGUUGCAUGGACUCUACCCAUCGUACUAGCUGUAUUAAGAAACGCUUGGCAGCAUACAUCGUCGCCGGAGAAGUCGCUAUACGUCGAUCGUAUUUACAGUACAGUGUUGAUAUUCGCGUUUGUUGUAGUGCCAGUGGUGUUGAUGGUGAUUGUGAAUAUACUUAUAGUGCAAGCGAUCAGAAGACAAAGAAGAGCGGAAGACAAUCGCGCAAAGUUAUUAAGACGUAACAGAGGCAUAUGCAAUUUAGGUCACAAAGAAAACUGGAAUGAAAGACAUCUGAAACACAAAGGAACAGUAUCAUGCAUUUUAAUCGUUCUGAUUUUUGUUGUUUGCUGGAUACCAAGGGCCUUUUAUAACUUUAGCCAUGUGUUUGGUCGGCCUGACUUGGCUUCUCCGUUAUUGGAAAAACUGUCAUUGUUUUUCCUUUUUUUACAGUCGGCAGUAAAUCCUGCCAUUUACUCAUAUUACAGGGAUGAUUUUAAAAAAGCUUUACUGGAUUUGCUUUCGAGAACCUAAUUAAAAAUAGAGAUUCACAUUAGGUCAACGCCCCUAAUUUCCUUUAGUUCUUCAAGCUUUCAAUUUUGUAGUCAUCAUUGACUCACACAAAUGAGACAUGCCAUUAGAGUAUUGUUACAAAUUGACUGUCUCGUCUUCACUUGUCUUUAUGAUUUGCACAGUGCACAUAUCAUAAGCAGUCAGCUGUAGUUGAGCAAACUUGGAAGCAAUUAUUUGGGCUAGGUGGCGUUGAAAUUUCCUCAUCCUCCACCGUUAUAAGGUAUUCAGUAAUUCUCCAUUUGUGGAAAAUACAGUAUGAUCAAAUCAACUCUACAGUACAGGAGAAUCAAACUUAUUAUGUUAUUUACCGCAUCGACGCGAAAAAAGUAAAAUUAAAAGGCAGUUUUCAUGCUUGAGGAAUCUGAGGAAUAAAAUCUGUUGACCAUUAUCCCUCUUUUGGGUACGCCUUGGUAUUGCUAAACAAAAUGUCUUAACGUCGGAAUAUUUUUUUUAACAUCGAAAUAUUACCUUUUGGGGUGGAUCCACACAGUGAAGUUGUGGUACCAUUAUACGCAAUAAAACGAAAAAAGGGUAAUUCUUAAUCAGUUUAUGUCCAACCGAAUGACCGAAUCCGAGGUCUGAAGAUGUCUUGGCUUCAACGUAAGUAUAUUACUUCGUCGGCCCCACCAACUGAAUUCUUACUUUUUAAAGGAGAAUUCUUUCCUUUUAAUUAAAAAUUCUUGCUCUCUAAUUUAGAUCCUUUAGAAAGGUCUAAAUUGGACGCUUGCUCACUUUCCACUAGCAUUUUGUAGCCAAAAAUGCCAAGUGUAAAAAUUUAACCUAGUCAGACCCCUCACUAAAAAAGUUUAAUAACUUCAAAACCGUUUAAACUAUGACGACCAAACUUUGCGAAUUGUCCCAAAAAUUAUCUGGGAACAUUUUAACUGAUUAGCAAUAUGUUUUUUGUUUAUUUUAACUGCUAGUGUAAUCCAGGCAUUUUGGUGACUGAUUUGAGAAAAUAAGCAUGAAUUCAAAGUGUUCAAAUGGCAGAUGCUUGGUUCAAUUUUUAACAAUGUUCAUUUUCUGGGAAUUUCAUAAUCACGGGAUCAAGUUAUGCCUAGAUGCUGGAAACGAUGAAUACGUUAUUGUUUGUAAUUCUGAUGGACUUAUCAUUUAUUCAUUUAUUUAUUUAUUUAUUUCAUUUCAUCAUUUUGAGUCAGUCAGACUGUAGUAAUUAGGUCUCUCGUCAGGUCUCCAGCAACCGGAGCUAGAAGCGGAGUCGACGUUUCACCAAUAUGAUUGAAUAAGCAUAUGAUUCCUCCAGGUGGGCUAUAAAUAGCAACUCUACCCAUUUGUGCGCUCGAUAUAAUUAUAUGACGCAGACGUCAAAAACUUGAACUUUUCUUCUUCGAUUAAGUAAAUUACUUUUCCGCCUGCUAACAUAUUUUAAUUUCGAGAGUUGAAGAGUAAUAAAACACCCUGACAGGGAGCUUAUUAAAAGACAUCUUCUUGUACUGAAUUGUUGGACACUGUUUGAGGAAGAUUUCCUUGCCACCUACACGUAUAGUUUGAAAUGAAAGCGUGCUUUCAACUUAAUUUACUCUGAAAUGUAAAUAAAUAUGGUAUAGUUAUACCUGUCAAUAUUUAUGUAAAUAAUGUAAAUAAAUAUGAGAUAGUUAUAGUACCGCUCGGUAUAAUUAUGUGACGCAGACGUCGAAAACCGGUUGAACUCUUCUUAUUCUCAUUCGCUAAAGUAAAAUAAUCACUUUUCCGCCCGCUCACAUAUUUUAAUUUCCAGAGUUAAAGAGUAAAAAGCCAAACAGGGAGCUUAUUAGAAGACAUCUCAUUGUACUGAAUUGUUGGUUACUGUUUGAGGAGGACUUCCUUAAUAUGAUAGUUGCCACCUACACUUAUAUAGUUUGAAAGGAAAGCAUGUUUUCUAGUAUAGAUUUACUCGGAAAUCGGUAAAUAAAUAUGGCAUAGCCAUUGUACCGUACGACAGACUAAUAUAUCCGAAAUUUGAAUAAUAGCUAACGCAAAUAUGACAGUUGUUAGAUUAUUAAUCUGCUGCCCAUGCUCAACCGAGAAACACAGUGAAUCAGCAGCCAAUUUUACGGUUACGGUUAUAUUUUCGAGCCCUUUAUGACCCCUCCAGGGACAAAAAAUAAUCUUAAUCGGGCAAUAUUUUUCCAUAUUGCACUCUUGUUUUUUCAUAGAAGACCAAUGUAUUUGCUGUGUUUGCGGCUUGACUCGAUAAGAUGUCACUUUAUUUGCUAGUUUUUGCAAUUUGUGUACCUUGUUAGGAUAAAGUUGAUGCCAUUAUGUGAAUAAUAUACUGCUACAAUGGUGCGUUCGAUUAUCGAAAGACAUCUUUUUUAAUUGAAAAGAGUAACUGAUCUUUUUCCAGUACCAAUGUUUUGAGUUUAAAAAACAUGAGUUUAGAGUUGUAAUAUCUCGUAGUAGUCUAACCAAGAUAGCGAUCAUAGAACACUUUUGAAAGAGAUGACGCGUUUAAUAUCUUAGUCUGUCAUAUAAAGCUUUCUGUUUGGUAUCAGUGACUUGUUUAAAAAACAUGAACAUAAAUAGCAUUAUUUUGAAACCAAUGGACACGCUGAAAUGAAAUGGUGACAUGUUUUGUGUCCUCGGUACAACCAAAACGGGCCUUGGUACAGAACAGCUGUCUGAUUUUUAAUCGUGUAAAGCAAAGGAAAAGUUGGGAGGAUGAAAGAUUAUGAUCCAGGGCUGCUAUAACUUAGGCAUUUCUUUUUUUGAAAAAAAAAAAAAAAACCGACUGAUCGAGAAUCAUGGUCAAGCAAGACUGCGAUACUUCAAUUGAAACUAUCUUUUUUAUUGUCUACGGCUUUGUCGGUGCCACGGCGUUCAUAGGCAAUACGUUCGCUUGCGUUGUGUUUCUUCAAACAGAAAAAUUUCGGCAGAGCAAAAUGAACGUUUUGCUAGUAAGUCUCGCCGUUUGGGAUAUUCUGAUGUCUGUUUUUGUUGCUCCGUUUUACGCGAUCUAUUGCGGUCUCGGCUGUGAAUAUCCGCUGAUGGGUUACUGCUGGUUAAUGAGAGGGGCGAAGGAUUGUAUAAAGAUAGGUACAACUUUGAAUGUGUACGCAAUUACUUACGACCGUUACAUUGCUGUGAUGAAACCGCUUCAAUACAGCUCCAAGAUGACUCCAAAAAAGGUUGCCGCCAUUUUAUCGACAGUUUGGAUCUUGUCGGUCAUAUUGGCUUUGAUAAGGAACUUCUGGCAGCAUAAACAAAACAUCGAUAUUCGUUUUGCUAACAAGGUCUACGACAGCAUCAUUGUUUUGGGCUUUGUCAUUGUUUUGGUUAUAGUUAUGCUCAUAACAAAUAUUAAGAUUGUGGCGGCAAUAAGAGGGCAAAGGCAACGAGAAGAAAGACGUUUAAAAAACGGCUGCGCCGCAAUGUCGUCUCAAACGCGCAAGGGAACAGUUGCCUGUGUAACAGUAGUUCUCGUGUUCGUUAUUUGCUGGAUACCAAGAGCUAUUUACAACUUUAGUUUUGUCAUUGAUCCGCCAGGACUAGCAAAUCCUCUAUUCUUCAGAAUAUGCUUCUUGUUUCUUUUUCUUCAGUCAUCGCUGAAUCCAUUCAUUUACUGGUUUUACAGACGCGAAUUCCGCCAGGCAGCUUUCUCAGUGUUAAAAUGUCACACUGUUAUCGAGAGAGCGGAGACAACUGUCUCGACUUUAAGGACUGUAUCGUUCCUUUCUGAAACAGGUCAGAGCCACCAGCCCUUCAACCAAAAUGAAUCUAUUUCCCAUCUAAGUCAACGGGAGCCAUCUGAUAUACAGCUGGUGUCAUACACUUCACGGGCAUAACAAAUUCACAAAAGAGAUUUUAAAAAAUGAAGGAACAUUUUAAUAACAUCCUACCUCGUUUGACAAGAACAUUAACUAUCUGACAACUUUAUCAGUAAAACGAACUUGAUUGUUUUCAGACAAAUGUUAUGGCAAGGUAAAUUUAAAUUUUUUGGUAAAUAGAGUCAUUUGACCUUCAAUGGUAUACCAGGCUAGAAAAUAACUGAAUUGUGAGCCUUUAUCUUAUAAGACGUAAUACGGGAUUUAUAAUUCAUUAUGAACUCUGGGAUCAUCUAUUUCUACUGGUCAUUCUCUGUAUUCUCUUUGUAUACUAACACACUAUAAUAGAUUGUACUCAGCUCUCGGACAUAACUAAAAAAACUACUUGUAAAGUUUCAUAAUUUUGAAAAUAUUGAAUCUGUAUCUGAUGUUAGAAAACUUUCGUACCCAUUGGUCGGGAAGAUUUCAGUUGAAGUAUAAAGUAUACAGUAUACAGUAUACAGCUCAACUGACGUCAUCCAAAAAUGGCGGUCGAGUUACUCUAAAAUAGACUAAUUUUUUUUUUUUGCGAGUCACCUUUGUUAAAACUGAAUAUAAAGUGGAGUAAAAAAGUCUUGUUAAGGUUUAAACAAUCAAGUACUAAAAAGAAAAGCUUCAUUUCCUUUGUAUGCAUUAUCAGUUUCACUCAACGGUGAACUAACAGAAAGUUGUUGUUGCUGCUUCAUGGUUUCCUUAGUUUUCAUUGCGUUUCUCAACUGUACAAGAAGACAUUCAUAGAUCUCAAAAGGUUCCGGUACCCCAAAUUAUCUGUACGAAAAACGCUUAAUUUAGCCUGAGAAAAAACUUAUAUUGAUCGAAAUGGUUAUAUUAUAUUAUACAAAAGGUAAUCUUGUUCAGUAUCUUUUGUUGUUUAUUUUGGAUUUCUUUUUCUUGAUCUUAUUAGCACAUUGUCAGCUAACUAAAGCCUAUCUGAAACUUUCGCUUUAACAGAUAGCCUCAAAAAAAAGAAACUUUUAGCCCUUAAGAGUCCCAGAAACUCGCUAAAAGUGAUCAGUAUUCCUUUUUGGUGGUUGUUAGAAUAAAUAAAUGACACUCUGGUCAAAAGAACAUGACAGCUGUAAUAAUACUUCCUCUUAAGCAAUAAAUUCUAAAAGAAGACCGUUUAUUUGCUCAGUUGACACUUGCUCUCCUUUUCAAAUCCAUUAGCUUUGGUUGAUACAACGUGUACAAUUAAGUAAAGCAGAGUCUUGCAGAGUAAAACACGUUCUAACGUUGACUAGAGCUUGAAUUUAAACUAUAUGUAUUAUUUGUGACCGCUUUUAUUUUUUCAUCUCUUUCUUUUUCCUUUUCUUUUUUUGAGGAAAUCGAUAAAUGCCAACCAUUCACAGGCACAAUACAAUGCAGAAUUUUUUAGUUAUUUAUUAAAGUAAAACUCGUAGCUCCUAACGGUACAUAAAAUACGAGCUUUUUCCCAAGGUUUUUUGUAUAAAUCAUUUAUUCAAAUAAUAUUUAAAUAUAGAGAUCCUAAUGGAGGAUGUCAAAACAAUUUCAGUGUAUUUGCUUUCCAUCAUCAUAUUAGGUUGUGCUCAGGAAAUUGGUCGAAUGAAGUUCGAGAACAGGAUCGAUUCUUCGCCGAGAUCGCCAUCUUAUAAGCCUCAAAGCAGCUACCCUAAACUCAGAUCUGUAAAAUGAGUAAAUAAAAGGAUUGGCAGAAGAUUGUAAAUAAAGAAAAAAGAAAGCAAUCUUUAGAAACAAAGGGUUUGCCAAUCCCGGUGGUUUGAUUACAUAGCUGAGGUUGUACACAAUACGAGGCAACCAGCAGGCGAUGUAAACAAACACUACGAAAAUGCAGGCUCUUGUGCCUUUUCGAAUUCUUAGUCUUGUUAGCUCUUCGUCAUUGGCUCUACCAAGGUGUCUUCGGUUCCGCUCACGUUCUUUGUGAGUUUUGACAGCAAUCAUUACCUUAGUAUUUACAAAAAGGGAGACAAUGAUUGAAAGUAACACAAAAAGAAACGUUAAGACAAUGUCGUACAACUUGUUCGCGAAACGCAGAUUUUCCCCACUCUUUGUAUGGUGCCAUGCACUUCUGAUUGCCGCCACAACCACUGGGAGCAGCCAAACUCCACCUAAAAUCGCUGUCACCCGCCUGUUGGUCAUUUUCGCGCCAUAAUGAAGAGGAUGGAUCACUGCCAAAUAUCGGUCGUAUGCGAUUGCGCAGAUGUUUAAUGUUGAUGCUAAUAGGACACAGUCUUUCGUUGCUCUAAAUAACCAGCAGUAUUUCCCGAGGGGAUAUCUACAGCCUCUGCUGCAAUAUACGGCAUAGAAUGGAACAACGCCUAUCGCCAUUAACAGGUCCAAACAUGCUAAACUUAUAAGAAAUACAUUCAUGUAACUCUGGCGAAGUCGCUUUGAUGAAAGAAAGACCACGCAGGUGAAGCUGUUUCCAAGAAGAAUGAUGGCCCCGAUUAAAGAGUUCAGUAUCCAAAAUAUGACCUCAGUUGUUUUGUGACAAUAAUUAACGUUUGAGGUGAUGUUAGUAGCAUCCGCUUUAUCCUCGAAGUCAAAGAAAUCAUCUAGCUCAGUGUUAUUUGAAAAGGAACCUUCCAUCAGUUACUAACAAUACAAGGAAGGAAUCACCUGACACUAAUUUUCGAACAUUAACCUGAAGGAAGUGGUCUUCCAAAAUUUAUCGACUGUAAGAGAGCAGCACACGAUACUUAUCGUGACCACAACACCAAUGCAAGAUGUUAUAAAAUAUUUGCUUUGGAUGAUUUUUGCACUAUUUGUACAGAAUAGCGCAUUAUUGGCUAAGGGGUGACGUGUUUUAGCCUUUCAUGUCAUUGUAUUGCUCGACAAAUAAGUCAGUUUUUCAUUAGUUCUAAUGUUGAAUAAUCUCAAUGUGACAGGAAAGACACGUAGUCGUGAUCAAUGCGAAGAAGAUAAUUUAACGGUAACCAGGAACAGAUCCUCAAUAGACUUUUAUCUAGUAUUCGUUGUACUAGACUUUUUUUGUUUCGCCUGUAAUUAGAAACUUUUUUCAAAACGAUCUUGAACCUGAUCCUCUUUUUUUAUUGUUCAUACAUUCCUGUCAUUCCUCCAACCAUGUCGGCAGUCGGAUGUUAUGGUUACGAGAUAUGACGUCAUAGGAAAUAAACGGUCGAGCCAUUUUUAGGAGUGAUUGUUUUUUUGUGUGUGCGUGUGUGCACCUUUUCUUACUACAGGGAAGUAAAGUAGAGUUCAUUACACGAAGGCUAUUAAUCUUUUCAUCAGAUCAUAACAGAAAAAGAAUGACUGGUCGACAUAUAAUGCUUUCAAUAAAACCGGCAUUAGCAAAAGCGACAUAAAACCCUUGAAUAGUUUUGCUUCAUGGUUGCCGCGAAUGUCGUCUUAGGCGAUUUUAUUGUCUAGUCGGUGAAAGUAGAUAGAUAAGAAGAUAGUCGUCUUCUUACUCGUUUUGUCCCCUCCUUUCCCUAAUACGUGCCGGUCUAAUUGUGGGGAAAAUAAUUUAGCUUUCUUUGAACAACAAGAAUUAGUACGUGCAGAAACUUGAUGGUUGUAAACAUUUGAAGACGAAAAAAAAAUUAUAGCCCACGAAUUUCCUUUCUGUACGUUUAUUUUCCCGUUCAUAUACAAUCUUUCAAAAUCCAUUGCCGUUUGUCUCUAAAAUUGAUUGAUAAACAAAUUUGAUUGACGGUACUGGCUUUAGCGUUACUUCAGAGUUCAGCUGGUAAAAACACGUUUUAACUGAUUCUUAGAGUAUUUUUGUGGAACACGUACUGAAACUAACAGCCACAUUAUUAUAAUAAAAAAAUAUUGCUACAAUAAAAGAUUGAAAGCAUUUUUAUUUAUAUAUAUUCAACUCUAAAAUGGCCAUCGAACGCUAAUCAAGGUGACUCCAAAAAAUUUAUUUCAAAAUAUUCCGCCGCUCUUCCAACAUUAGCAGUUUCUUCAAACUUUUCUUAUUGAUCACAGAACCAUCGACCUACAUUUUCCGUCUUCAUAAAUAUUUCCAACAAUCCUAGGUUUUUUAAAUUAGUUAACAUCAUGAUGGUUAAACUGUAAAGUUAAUACAUUAUCGAUGUCCAGUUUCAAAAUUAUUUACACAGAACUGAACUUUCAUUAAAAUACUGGGCAAGAUGGGGACAAUUUUAAAUGACGUUACUUGUCAGCGCGGCCGUCCCAGAAUACUUCUAUGAUGGCAUGAUGUAACGUACAAUGUGGUGAAUAUUACGCGCGCUGUGAUUGGUUGUUGUCCAUGAUCUAUUAUAGUACAGACACACAAAUGACGUUACGGGAAACUCCUUUUCUUUGUUUUGUCUGACAUGGCGCGAGCUUUGGGAAGUGUUUGUGAGAUUAUUCUGUAUAAAUCAAGUGAAAUUAACGGCGAUUUGAAAAUGCCUUAAAUGGAAGAAAUCUUCAAACCAGUUACUAUAGUGUGUCAUCGCCACAAGAAUGGAAGAAAUAUUCAAACCAGUUGCCAUCGCGUGUGUCAUCGCCACGAGAGAGCCCGCGGUUUCAAAAGUGUUUACGCGAUUAUUCUGCUUUUAGCAAGUAACAGUUGGCAUUGGUAAACGUAGGCGUUUAAGCUAAAGGAUUGCUCAAGCCACCUAACUUUCCACCCCCCCCCCCCUGUCCUCUGCCCCCUGGCAUAUUUUAUUAAGAAAAGUGAUUGUCUCAGUAAAGGUGAUAUAAAUGAUAAUAAAAUGUAGACCCUCGCUUUUUUAAAGUAAAUUUCUCUCUCUUUUUGCCCUUUUGCCCCCUAUUUAUGAAUGUACCUGUUGGAUUAAUUAAGGAGUGUUUUUCGAUUGCAUGCCCGAUAUAUAGGACUUACUGCUAUCGAAAUCAGCUCCGCAAGCCAAAUAUUCAUUGAAUGGAUGCGAACGGAAAUAGUAAAAUUGUUAACCAAUUUUUCAAACAAUGGAGAAUGCAAGCAAUGUAAAUUUUAGCCUUGAUCUAGUUUACUCUUACCCAGUUUGAUUUAUGCUUAGAAUUAAGAGGAUGUUUUUAAGUGGUUACAGUAUAAUAAGUUAACUAAGGGAUACUUUAUUGGGAUGUAAUGUCAGGUAUCACGAAUAUUCACGUAUUAUUAGUUAAUCACAACACCUUUACAAGUUUGACGUAUGAAUUAUUCAUCAACAUAAACCUUCUCCUUUCAUGAAUUCGUUCUUAAACAAAUAUGUUCUAUUUUGGUACAAUUUCGCGACUUCCACGACAACCCUUUUAUCGUAAAAGAACGUUUGAUGCAACGUUUCAGACAUAACCGCGUUAGAUUAGACCGAUUGCAAAGAUGAUUAUAUAUAUUGUCGUUCGUGCAAAGUUAGGAGAACCCUUUCACAGCUUUUUGAUGAGAAUUUGCUUGUUUGUUACAAAACUCUAGUUUCUUUUUCUGUAUUCAAUAGAGCUUCUCUCUUGCGAAAAUUAUCAGAACAGAACUGAGUUAAAGGAACAUUAUCCCGUUACUGCGCAUGCACCAAAUCUUGAUUUUUGGACAGGAUGUCGCGAAAUCUAAAGAUGCGAGGAGAGUAAAACUUCUCAGGAUUACAGAUCAAUGAUAUAUUGUUCCUGUUAGGUUUCGAUUUGGGCAAAAUCUGGAUUUUUUGGCGUUACUUUUAUUGCCGUUGGCCGGAGGACCAAAAGAUUGGAAGCACUUUGAUGCCGACUGAAGGCUUAUUUCUUCUGCUGGCUUCCAUACAAGCUCAGAUAAUUGUGAAAGGAAUACGCAGAAAUGAAACGGCAACAAUAAAAACUGUAAGAAAGAAACCAUUGAGACAUUGAUGUCACUGAGGAGAUCUUGUGGAGGGGAGCUUCGUGAAGCAGAAUGUUUUAGAAAAACUAGUGCCAUGAAAUCAUAAUAUAAUUUUUGACUAACCUUUCUGAUGAUUCAUAGCGUUUUGAUUGCAUUUUUAUUUAUGUCUUUCAAACGUUUGAGGCUAGAACGCGAGCAAAUCAGGCAGAUAUUACUAGACUUAGAACAACUGACCUCUGACACGAGUUUCAAAUUAGAAAAUAUGCUUUUAAAGCGAGCGGAACGAGAUUUUCGGGUCGCGAGGCGGCCCAGCUAGCGAUAAAAUCGCGAUAAGUCUUCGAACCGCGAGCCAAAUUUUUAUAUAAGACGAAAGACUUCUUUGAAAGUCUAAAAUAUUACUUGAGAAUAUAAACAACAAAUCUCUGUCGGCGGUGCGGUCCGGAAGGAAAUCUUGUCGAGUCAAUAUGACAGUUCUAUUGUCUUUUGAAGAAAAAACAGAUGACGCUCGCGCGUGCGCAUAAUCGGGACACUGUCCCUUUAAAUUCCAUGCCAGGGCCGUAAUUUCAGCAUUGUGCUGCAUUGAGGGAUUCCUCUGAUUCAAUGCAGGGCUUUCUGAUUGGUAAACAUCGACAUUCACAGAGAGCCAAUCAAGUGCGACCUCCCAAUGGCGCAAAAGCUUGGUUACACUGAAGAGUUGCGAGCAAAAUUGCACUCAAAAUCUACAAAAAAAAACGUAGCUAUACCGCUCGGGUUAUGCUAAUUUCUGACGAAUUCAACGCCAAUCAACGGCCAACCCCAUUAAGCGGUCACUUGCCGUCACCCCAAUGGUGGCCUCUUGAUGGCGGUUCUGAACGUAUUCAGGAGCCCGCUCCUGACGUAUUCAAUUAUUUACCCCCUUUAAAAAUUCUGUGAAAAAAUAUUACUCAUUACAAGAUAUUUUCCUGCUUAGGAAGAACAAUGCAAUAAUUUCAGUGAUUUGAGGUUCUGUAUAUUCAUUUUCACUGGAAGAGGGUGCAUUUCCAUCUUUUGAGAUGUCUUUAUCUUUGUUCUAAAUAAAAAGCAAAACUUAUUAGUUUCUAGAAGUACGGUAUAUUACUUUGGAACUAAUAAAAGAGUAAACACAAAUAUCAUUGGUCAGCUGAUAUAUGUGAAAUGAAUGCAUUUUAUUAGAUUACAAAAUAAUGAGUUUUAAUUUUUACUGUCACUCCGACAAGAGGCCAAGUAAUGCCAACACUCGAGUGGAUUUCUGUUGUAUUGCAAUCGGAACAAUAAUGUGUGCUUAGGGGUGAGACUUUAUUGCCAGCUCCCAAAGUUACUGUUAGGGUAUAAGCAUAAAUUGUGUUACUGAUUAAACACUAAAUCAUUGGAUAAUGCAAUUCUAGAGCUCUGAUUGCGGGCUUAGCCAUCAUGGUAUAUGAUAUGAUCAGUAGCCAACUCGGUGCAAUGCGCCUCGUUGGCUAUCUACCAUCUCAUAUCCAACGCGCACUCUUGGAAUAAUUGUUAAUUGUGUUUUAUAAUUUUUUAGGGAGAUUUAUUUGAUAUGAACGAAUGAUAUUUGUAACUGGCCUGCCAGAAUACCCUUUGAACGCUAACCUUUCGGGAAACAACUCCCCUGGCCGCGGCAAAGCUUUUGUUCUUUCUUGGAGUCAUAUCACUCAAAAGCACCCAUACUGCCGAAUAAAUUUCUUUUAGAGUGAAAUUAAAUUCAAGCCUGGAGGCCUCUCUCCAGUAUUCCGAAAUAAGAAGCUGAAUUAAACAAUUAAAAGAAUUUAAAAUUUUUUAUCAAGAGGGGGAAAACUUUAAAAAGUUCUUUUUGUUACAGAAUAUGAAAUUAAGGAUGAUAAGACCACUUGGAUGAAAAAGUGUUUCAAUGUCUAUAUUUCAGUGCAAAUGCAAAUUAGGUGUCCUAUAGUGAAUUCUGUAUUAUAGUCAUAAAUUAUGAAAUAGCUGUUUUUAGAAAACCUAGCGAAUUGUUAUUUUCUUUGAGAUACAGAAUUACAAAACAAACACCCUUGUUAUACAGUAAAAAAGGGCUUGGUCAUUUGGCGCAACUGGCACUUCGUCUUAAAAAGAAAGUGAAUUAACCUCUUUGCUUUCAAGGUCAUAGUUUUUUCAGUGACUUGUUUUUAAUCUUUACUCUAAGUAAUAGUUAAAAGUAAAGAAAUUGGCUCAACACGAUGUAUACGAAUCCUUUCUGUGACAAACAAUGGCUAUGCAAAUUUUUUGAAAGCAGUAUCAUUUGGCCUUUCAUUGGAAACUUCACACGUCGUGUGCCUAUAUCCAGAUCAGAACAUCGUAAGACUCCAGAUUCUGAGACAAUCUUAAAGAGAAAUCAAGACACAAUUCUAGAACAACAUGGACUAUAAACGUUAUCUGUUUCUUAUGAAGAAAUUGCCAGAAGUGCAGGUAGACUGAAUAACAUUUUUGCGUCAAGCUUGCGAAAAUGGCACAUGUGUCGCCCAAAGAAAAAACGGUGCUAAUUAUGUUAAUGAGAAAAGGAAUUCUUGAACGAUAUUCGUCUCUCUAAGGCGUCAUUGAUGCACCUGCCACAGUAUUUUAAACAAAUAAGAACGAAAAAUCAUAUGAUUCGAUCAUUACGAACAUCAUAGAUCAGUACUAACAACCAGGUGAAACAAGAGCAUGGAGAAUCUAACAGAAAAGAUGACAAUCGAGGGCGCAAAUCAAACAUCUUGGGCCACCAAUAUCACAGAAAAAGGAAACUGUGACAAAAAAUUGAAGCAAAUAUUCUGGAUCGUCAACGGAAUUCUUGCUGUUAUUGUUUUAACAGGAAACGUGUUCACUUGCGUGAUUUUCCUUUCAACCAAGCGACUCCGACAACAACAUAUGAACAUCUUCCUUGUUAGCCUAGCAGUCAGUGAUAUUCUGAUGGCACUGGUCGUGGUUCCAGGUUACACGGCAGUAUGUGCUGGUUGUAAGUACCUCUCGUCUGACACAUGCUGGAUAUUGGCCCAGACCAAAGACAUCGUAUUCAGCUCCACGUUUUGUAGCUUACUUGCUAUUACAUACGACAGGUAUUUAGCAGUGUUGUGUUCCUUACAGUAUAGCGCCAAGAUGACCCGACGAAAAGUGACUGGCAUAAUAGUUUUUAUUUGGGGUUUUCCAGUCCUUGUUGCUAUCGCGCGUAAUAUCUGGUGGCAGACGCAGUCAGAAGAGAAAGCAAAGGAGAUAAACAAGGUCUACAAUGCAAUAUUGGUAUUUAUUCUGGUGGUGAUACCUGCAUUUAUUAUGGCGUUUGUAAAUGCGCUUAUUUUCCGUGCCAUUCGAUCACAAAGAAGAAGGAUUAUUCCCAGGAUAGAACAGAGUUCAAGCAUAAGUCAAGGCGAGAUGUGUAACGUGGAAAAGCGUACAGAAAACUCGCAGAAACGAAAAGGAACAAUUGCCUGCGUGGUUGUUGUGCUUGUGUUUGUGUUUUCCUGGAUACCUCGCUCCAUUUACAACUUUGCAUACGUGUUUGGACGUGAUGAUCUCGUUACUCCACUUCUGGUUAACCUGUCAAUGUUUUUCCUACUUUUACAGUCGUGCACUAAUCCGAUCAUUUAUUCCUUUUAUCGGGCAGAUUUUCGGCAGGCGGCUAAAAGGAUUCUCUGGUGUACGUAA